AUGAAGCGCUGGACUUUGCUUAUGUGCCUCUUCAGUGCUGUAUUUUCUCUUCCAAUACCCCAUGCACAACACCCUGGCUAUAUCAAUUUCAGUUAUGAGGUAAUGACACCUUUAAAAUGGUACCAGAGCCUCAUUGGACACCAGUACCCACGAUAUGGCUAUGGACCUAUGGGAGACUGGAUGCAUCAUCAUGCAGGGCCAACGUUGUCUCAUCACUCUACUUAUCCAAGCUUCCAUGCACUGCCCCACCAAAUACAUCCCUCACAGCAACACUUGCAACCACCUUUCAAUACACCAGCUGGGAACAGCCCUUUGGGUCACAUGCCUGGACCAAACACAAUGCCACACUUCCUUCCAGGAGUACCAGGUCAAAACCCACUUUCACCACAUGCAGGAGAACAUCCUGUGCACCACCAGCCACCUGGGAAUCCAAUCCAGCCAAUGCAGCCUGGCAAUCCAAGCCAACCAGUGUACCCUGGGCACCCUGUGCACCCAAUGCCACCAGUGAUACACGAUGCUCCUCUUGAACCAUGGCCAGGAACAGACAAGACCAAGCAAGAGGAAGUGGUAACUAAGCAAUAUUACAACUAUUUUACAUGGUAG